AUGAGUACAGAAACUUCACCUGUUACUAUAACAGUAGUGCCUACAACUUCAGAAAGUACAACAGCAGAAACCACGACUACAGCUUCAACAACCUCACCUACAACAACAAACAGUCCCACAACUUGUGAGCACAGAAACUACAUCUAUUACUUCAAAAGUGGUACCUACCAUUUCAGAGAGUACAAAAGCAGAAACCAUGACUACAGCUUCAUCAACCACACCUACAACAACAAACAAUCCAACAAUGUCAACAGUUGUGAGUACAGAAACUUCACCUGUUACUUCAACAGUGGUGCCUACAACUUCAGAAAGUACAACAGCAGAAACCACGACUACAGCUUCAACUACCUCACCUACAACAACAAACAUUUCCUCAACGUCAACAGCUUUAACUUCAGAAUCAACAACACUCACUUCAACAACAGUGCCUACAUCUUCAGGAACAACUGCACCUUUAACAACAUCAUUGUGAACACAGAAACUAUAUCUACUACUUCAACAGUGGUACCUACAACUUCAGAGAGUACAACAGCAAAAACCACGACUACAGCUUCAUCAACCACACCUACAACAACAAACAAUCCCACAACGUCAACAGCUUUAACUUCAGAAUCCACAACUCUCACUUCAACAACAGUGCCUACAUCUUCAGGAACAACUGCACCUGUAACAACAUCAGUAACUACUGAAUCCUCUACUACUAAAAUUCCUACAACCACAUUUGUGAGUACAGAAACUUCACCUAUUACUUCAACAGUGGUGCCUACAACUUCAGAAAGUACAACAGCAGAAACCACGACUAUAGCUUCAUCAACUACAUCUACCACAACAAACAAUCCCACAACGUCAACAGCUUUAACUUCAGCAUCCACUACUCUCACUACAACGAUGGUGCCUACAUCUUCAGGAACAUCUACACCAGGAACAACAUCAGUAACUACAGUAUCCUCAACUACUAAAAUUCCUACAACCACAGUUGUGAGUACAGAAACUACACCUGUUACUUCAACAGUGGUGCCUACAACUUUAGAAAGUACAACAGCAGAAACCACGACUACAGCUUCAUCAACCACACCUACCACAACAAACAUUCCCACAUCGUCAACAGCUUUAACUUCCGCAUCCACUACUCUCAGUUCAACAACAGUGCCUACAUCUUCAGGAACAUCUGCACCAGGAACAACAUCAGUAACUACAAAACAUUCCCACAACGCCAACAGCUUUAACUUCAGCAUCCACAAUGCUUACUACAACAACAGUGCCUACAUCUUCAGGAACAACUCCACCAGUAACAACAUCAUUAACUACAGAAUUCUCAACUACAAAAAUUCCCACAAGCACUGUUGUGAUUCUGAGUACCGAAACAGCACCUGUUACUUCAACAGUGAUGCCUACAACUUUAGGAAGUACAACAGCAGAAACCGCGACUACAGCUUCAUCAACCACACCUACCACAACAUCAACAGCUUUAACUUCAGCAUCCACUACUCUCACUACAAGAACAGUGCCUACAUCUUCAGGAACAACUGCAGCUUUGUGAGUACAGAAACUACACCUGUUACUUCAUCAGUGGUGCCUACAACUUCAGAAAGUACAACAGCAAAAACCGCGACUAUAGCUUCAUCAACCACACCUACAACAACAAACAAUCCCACAACCCACAGUUGUGAGUACAGAAACCACAUCUAUUACUUCAACAUUGGUGCCUACAACUUCAGAGAGUACAUCAACAGAGACCACGACUACAGUUUCAUCAUCCACACCUACAACAACAAACAAACCCACAACAUCAACAGCUGUAACUUCAGAAUCCACAACUCUCACUUCAACAGCAGUGCCUACAUCUUCAGGAAUAACUGCACCAGUAACAACAUCAGGAACUACAACAUCCUCAAGCACUCAAAUUCCCACAAGCACAGUUGUGAGUACAGAAACCACAUUUAUUACUUCAACAGUUUUGCCUACAACGUCAGAGAUUGUGAGUACAGAAACUACAUCUGUUGCUUCAACUUCAGAGAGUACAACAGCAGAAACCACAACUUCAUCCUCUUCAACCACACCUACAACAACAAACAAACCAACAGCGUCAACAGCUGUAUCUUCAGAAUCCACAACUCUCACUUCAACAACUGUACCUACAUUUUCAGAAACAACUGCACCUGUAACAACAUCAAGGUCUCAGAAACCUCCUAUCUCAUCAUCUUUGAGUUUAGUCUGAGUAAUAUCAGCAUGCCAGAGAACACUGAUCUAAGAAACAGCAGUUACAUGCAAGUACAAGAUGUUGUAAAUAAUGCGAGCAAGCUGGUGUUCAACUCCUCAUCUCCAAUGCCCAGUGAAUCUCUUGUCCUAAGUGCUAUCAAUACUCUCCGUCAGUCCAGAGAGUCACAGCUCAAUGAAUCGGUGAAGGUGGUGAAUGUCACCUAUGAGAAAAUCUCAGAAACCUCCUAUGCUGUGGUCUUUACAUUUAACGUGAUUAACAUCAGCAUGCCAGAGGACCCUGUGUCUAGAGGCAACACCAACCAGAAAGUUCAGGAUUCCAUCAAUAAUGCGCUGAACACUCUUCUGAAUGAACCUGGCAGUCCAACUUUACAACCCAAGACCUCCAACUUCACGAGCACUUCAAACCAGAUUAAUGGCAGGAUGGAAUACAGCUUCCAGAAUGGAGAUGUCAUACAACCAAUCAGCUUCCUCAAUGAGCUACGUCUUCCAACCACUACAACAGUGUUUCCAGUCACAACAACCAGUGUUUCUGUUACUACUCCAAAACUCAUAACUGGUUCGGCAGUGGUCACAAGCAAGCUGGUGUUCAACUCCUCAUCUCCAGUGCCCAGUGAAUCUCUUGUCCUCAGUGCUAUCAAUACUCUCCUUCAUUCCAGAGAGUCACAGCUCAAUGAAUCGGUGAAGGUCGUGAAUGUCACCUAUGAGAAAAUCUCAGAAACCUCCUAUGCUGUGGUCUUUACAUUUAACGUGAUAAACAUCAGCAUGCCAGAGGACCCUGUGUCUAGAGGCAACACCAGCCAGAAAGUUCAGGAUACCAUCAAUAAUGCGCUGAACACUCUUCUGAAUGAACCUGGCAGUCCAACUUUACAACCCAAGACCUCCAACUUCACGAGCACUUCAAACCAGAUUAAUGGCAGGAUGGAAUACAGCUUCCAGAAUGGAGAUGUCAUACAACCAAUCAGCUUCCUCAAUGAGCUACGUCUUCCAACCACUACAACAGUGUUUCCAGUCACAACAACCAGUGUUUCUGUUACUACUCCAAAACUCAUAACUGGUUCGGCAGUGGUCACAAGCAAGCUGGUGUUCAACUCCUCAUCUCCAGUGCCCAGUGAAUCUCUGGUCCUCAGUGCUAUCAAUACUCUCCGUCAGUCCAGAGAGUCACAGCUCAAUGAAUCGGUGAAGGUGGUGAAUGUCACCUAUGAGAAAAUCUCAGAAACCUCCUAUGCUGUGGUCUUUACAUUUAACGUGAUUAACAUCAGCAUGCCAGAGGACCCUGUGUCUAGAGGCAACACCAGCCAGAAAGUUCAGGAUACCAUCAAUAAUGCGCUGAACACUCUUCUGAAUGAACCUGGCAGUCCAACUUUACAACCCAAGACCUCCAACUUCACGAGCACUUCAAACCAGAUUAAUGGCAGGAUGGAAUACAGCUUCCAGAAUGGAGAUGUCAUACAACCAAUCAGCUUCCUCAAUGAGCUACGUCUUCCGACCACUACAACAGUGUUUCCAGUCACAACAACCAGUGUUUCUGUUACUACUCCAAAACUCAUAACUGGUUCGGCAGUGGUCACAAGCAAGCUGGUGUUCAACUCCUCAUCUCCAGUGCCCAGUGAAUCUCUGGUCCUCAGUGCUAUCAAUACUCUCCGUCAGUCCAGAGAGUCACAGCUCAAUGAAUCGGUGAAGGUGGUGAAUGUCACCUAUGAGAAAAUCUCAGAAACCUCCUAUGCUGUGGUCUUUACAUUUAACGUGAUUAACAUCAGCAUGCCAGAGGACCCUGUGUCUAGAGGCAACACCAGCCAGAAAGUUCAGGAUACCAUCAAUAAUGCGCUGAACACUCUUCUGAAUGAACCUGGCAGUCCAACUUUACAACCCAAGACCUCCAACUUCACGAGCACUUCAAACCAGAUUAAUGGCAGGAUGGAAUACAGCUUCCAGAAUGGAGAUGUCAUACAACCAAUCAGCUUCCUCAAUGAGCUACGUCUUCCGACCACUACAACAGUGUUUCCAGUCACAACAACCAGUGUUUCUGUUACUACUCCAAAACUCAUAACUGGUUCGGCAGUGGUCACAAGCAAGCUGGUGUUCAACUCCUCAUCUCCAGUGCCCAGUGAAUCUCUGGUCCUCAGUGCUAUCAAUACUCUCCGUCAGUCCAGAGAGUCACAGCUCAAUGAAUCGGUGAAGGUGGUGAAUGUCACCUAUGAGAAAAUCUCAGAAACCUCCUAUGCUGUGGUCUUUACAUUUAACGUGAUUAACAUCAGCAUGCCAGAGGACCCUGUGUCUAGAGGCAACACCAGCCAGAAAGUUCAGGAUACCAUCAAUAAUGCGCUGAACACUCUUCUGAAUGAACCUGGUAGUCCAACUUUACAACCCAAGACCUCCAACUUCACGAGCACUUCAAACCAGAUUAAUGGCAGGAUGGAAUACAGCUUCCAGAAUGGAGAUGUCAUACAACCAAUCAGCUUCCUCAAUGAGCUACGUCUUCCAACCACUACAACAGUGUUUCCAGUCACAACAACCAGUGUUUCUGUUACUACUCCAAAACUCAUAACUGGUUCGGCAGUGGUCACAAGCAAGCUGGUGUUCAACUCCUCAUCUCCAGUGCCCAGUGAAUCUCUGGUCCUCAGUGCUAUCAAUACUCUCCGUCAGUCCAGAGAGUCACAGCUCAAUGAAUCGGUGAAGGUGGUGAAUGUCACCUAUGAGAAAAUCUCAGAAACCUCCUAUGCUGUGGUCUUUACAUUUAACGUGAUUAACAUCAGCAUGCCAGAGGACCCUGUGUCUAGAGGCAACACCAGCCAGAAAGUUCAGGAUACCAUCAAUAAUGCGCUGAACACUCUUCUGAAUGAACCUGGCAGUCCAACUUUACAACCCAAGACCUCCAACUUCACGAGCACUUCAAACCAGAUUAAUGGCAGGAUGGAAUACAGCUUCCAGAAUGGAGAUGUCAUACAACCAAUCAGCUUCCUCAAUGAGCUACGUCUUCCGACCACUACAACAGUGUUUCCAGUCACAACAACCAGUGUUUCUGUUACUACUCCAAAACUCAUAACUGGUUCGGCAGUGGUCACAAGCAAGCUGGUGUUCAACUCCUCAUCUCCAGUGCCCAGUGAAUCUCUGGUCCUCAGUGCUAUCAAUACUCUCCGUCAGUCCAGAGAGUCACAGCUCAAUGAAUCGGUGAAGGUGGUGAAUGUCACCUAUGAGAAAAUCUCAGAAACCUCCUAUGCUGUGGUCUUUACAUUUAACGUGAUUAACAUCAGCAUGCCAGAGGACCCUGUGUCUAGAGGCAACACCAGCCAGAAAGUUCAGGAUACCAUCAAUAAUGCGCUGAACACUCUUCUGAAUGAACCUGGCAGUCCAACUUUACAACCCAAGACCUCCAACUUCACGAGCACUUCAAACCAGAUUAAUGGCAGGAUGGAAUACAGCUUCCAGAAUGGAGAUGUCAUACAACCAAUCAGCUUCCUCAAUGAGCUACGUCUUCCGACCACUACAACAGUGUUUCCAGUCACAACAACCAGUGUUUCUGUUACUACUCCAAAACUCAUAACUGGUUCGGCAGUGGUCACAAGCAAGCUGGUGUUCAACUCCUCAUCUCCAGUGCCCAGUGAAUCUCUGGUCCUCAGUGCUAUCAAUACUCUCCGUCAGUCCAGAGAGUCACAGCUCAAUGAAUCGGUGAAGGUGGUGAAUGUCACCUAUGAGAAAAUCUCAGAAACCUCCUAUGCUGUGGUCUUUACAUUUAACGUGAUUAACAUCAGCAUGCCAGAGGACCCUGUGUCUAGAGGCAACACCAGCCAGAAAGUUCAGGAUACCAUCAAUAAUGCGCUGAACACUCUUCUGAAUGAACCUGGCAGUCCAACUUUACAACCCAAGACCUCCAACUUCACGAGCACUUUAAACCAGAUUAAUGGAAGGAUGGAAUACAGCUUCCAGAAUGGAGAUGUCAUACAACCAAUCAGCUUCCUCAAUGAGCUACGUCUUCCAACCACUACAACAGUGUUUCCAGUCACAACAACCAGUGUUUCUGUUACUACUCCAAAACUCAUGUAA